AUUCCGGGACUAGAUGCUUGGGGAUCCAGUCACCAAGAGAUAUCACGGUCAAGGGCGGUUCGCAAGGGCGGUUUCCCGGUAAAGAACAUAAUCGAAUGUUCCAUUUCUGGAGCAAAUUCUGAGUCAAGGACAACAUCGUAAUUGCCAACGCAUAUGCUACGGACUAUUCCUACCCUCUUAUAAGCAAAUUGUCUCCAACAAUUGUGCAUAAACUUCUGGGAAGCAUAUUCUACCACCAUUGACGACCAUUCAUUAGCUUCUACUAUGGACGACAAUUCAUCAACUUCUGGAAUGGAUGACAGUUCAUUAACUUCUGGAUUGGACGACAAUUCACUAACUUCUGGAAUGGACGAUCUACAACUCCAAGAUGAGGACAAGAAUGCCUCCCUACAAGCCACAAUCAACGACCUCAUAAAUCGGUGCAAAACGCUCCACUCCGAAGUAGAGACCUACGUAGCCGCGGUCGACUCCAAUCAAAAACUCGCCAAGGUACAGAAUCCAGUGGAGUAUCGUAGCCUUCGGAGUGAUUUCAAAAACGAACUCGCCUUUUUAAAUAAAUUAACCAGAUCUGGAUUAUCAGAGGAGAAAGCAAGACAUUGGAUUGUGUCCUCGAAUCUCGUGUAUUUUGAGGCUCUUUGGUCUGCUGCGAAACGUUCUACUGGCCUCUUAAGUUUCCGUAAAUAUUUCUUCUGGAACAGGCUACAAGAGGGCCAUAGCACACGUGGAUUGAGUCACUCAAAAGGCAGUCAAACCAAAGGGAAGAGUGCGGCAUUGGUGGACAUCGUUGCGGCGGAUGGCACGGAGUGGAUCAGAGUAUCGACAAUAUCGCAGAAACGACUGUUGUUUGAUUUGGCGAAAAUGGGGUGGCAGAAUGAUUCCGACUCAGAUGACGACGAGGAGAUGCGCGAUGCGGAUGAUACCAAUUGGGAGGACGACGAUGACGACGACCAGGUAGACACUGUCAAGAAUGCUCGCGAGCUCGCUCGUGCUGCCCGCGCGAAUCCCAUACGAGGACGGCCCCCGAAAGUCCGAUUUGUUCUGACACGAAUCGAGUCUGGGAAAAUGAAAGAGAUAGAUGCGGUCAUCGCCAAAGUUCGCGCCACAGGUGCUAUUGUACAAUGCGCAAAUGAACUCACGCCAGCUCUGCCGCUGGCUGAUGUCCUCCCACAAUUACUAGUAGAUCGCUCGCGGACGCUUUCCCACACAUUGAAUGUUGACUGUACUAUACUGCUAGCAUUAAUAUCCGACAUCUCCCAUAAGGAAUGCCCAAUACUAGACUGGUAUCCUGGAGAAGUUAGAGCACAGAUCAAACAAGAACAAGCAGAGAAGCUGCUGCCAACGCACCUAUACCCGGCUAUAGGCUCGCAUCCAAUGGUGUGCACACAAGAGGCUGCGCAUCAAAUGAACCUCAUUGUUGACACACUUGCUACCGAUACAGAAAAAACACGAGCAAAUCUGCUCCUGGCCCAGAACGAGCACUCGAAUACCAGCCCUGCAGACUUGGUAUCUGCCUGGGCUGCUCUAUCCAACCAUCCAAUCCCCGAAGGCUUUCAACUACCAAUACGAGUAUAUUCAUCCACGGAGGAGGAUUUAUUCCAAAAAUUACCCUCCAUCGCCCCUCGCAUUGCGGCCGAGCUGGGUCCUUUGAAUAGUGCCAUAUUCUUGUAUGGCUGGGCGCAAGGACUGACAACCUUGAGCUCCAAUCGCGCACGGUCACGGCAAAUUGAUAGUAUUAUCAAUGAGUGCGGGUUAGAGGAUGGAGAAGCAGGCCCACAUGUUUGGUUAUGUGGAGAAAGUAGGAGUCUGAUCGCAAAACAUGGUAGGCGGAAAUAGCUGUAAUUUCUUGAGCACAGAACAAGAUGCAAAUUCAACGUCUUAGAAAUGAACCUGAUUAGUCUCCAAUUGUUACAAAGAUUUUACGGUGAGAAGAGCGAAAGAUUCAUGCUCAUUGUCUACCGAGUAAAUCAACCCUUGAUAGACGUCCAAGCGGACACGGGCCUCGAUCGGGUUCAUCGAAAGUCAAA